CAGCCGACCUGCUGCCACUUGCGAUCGCUCUUGAAUGAUCUAAAAUUGAAAAUGUCACACUAAAAUACUCCCUGGUUACAGACUGCUGCGCUGUGAAUCCACCCAAUUUGAAUUUUAUCCCUGGACUACUUGGUCAAUUGGAAAGAGUAAUGGCACGUCCGCCGAGCAGGAGAUAUCUUUUCAAUAACUACAUUGUAUGCUUGUACAUUUAAAUUGUGCAGUCCAACACUCUGAGCAGCUAGCGGAACUAUGCGUGAACGGCGAAUGCGAAAGUAACAGUUAGUUGGCAAAGGUACAGUGCAGUUACUGAGUUAGGCGUGCAUGAAGGCUGAGACAGUGAGAGGACCGAGAAUACUCGCAGUCACGACCAUGAACUGCUGACGGGUUUCAAUGAUGAUUAUGAUGAUGAGUCCGAGCGUUGCUGCCGCUCCAGCUAUGCCACGUCCACACUGAGAUGACCCCGCCGUGCACAGCAGUACGCGUGGUAAGCUGAUGAAGACUUCACCGAAGAGAAGGCGAACCAAUCAACAACAGCUACCGGCCACGGGGUAGCGAGGCCGGCAACGAAGGCGAACCAAUCAACAACAGCCACCGGCCACGGGGUAGCGAGGCCGGCAACAUCUAACUGUCCUUGGACAUCCGACUAGUAGUAUUGAUUUCCUCCAAUCAGUGGCUGGCCAGUGAGCGGACCUGUGCGAGCCGAUAGCACUGAGUCUGUCACGAGACACCGGUGCACACUGGCGACCCGUUCUGCCAUAAAUUACUUGAGCAGCCACAGCCUCAACUUCUCAAGUUCCCAAACUACUGAACAAAGUAAGCAAAAGUGGUACGGUUUGCCAAGUAACUAACUAAGAGCAGCGAACAUCAAUGUUUCUUCAAUCUGUACCCAAGAUAACGCGUGGUGAUCAUGAACAUCCAGAGAUCAUUUGAAGAUGCCACAGGAAAGGACCAAGACCAAGAAGAAAGCGAAGGGGCUGCACAAGAGCAGAGAUACGGCACCUUAUCCUGACAAUUACCAUCAGCCUUCAAGACGGAAUGGUGGAAUACUGUACGCGGGUGAUUGGGAAGGCACUGCAGAGGAGGCCGCUGGUCUGGUCAGCAAACCAGUUGCUGUACAAGAAACUAACCGACAUCCUCAACAACAACAGCAGCACAAGCAGCAGCAGCAGAAAAAACAGCGACAGCGGCAUCGUCCACCUGAGGUAGUCAUCGAAGCCACAGCACCGCAAACAGCAGUCAACGGUGCAGAUACAGAUGACGGCGGAGUGACUGUUCCAAGAGAAUUGACACCACGCUGCAAAGACUUCCCGAUCGGUGCUGCAGACAAUGCUGAAGACAUGCAGCCAGAGUCUGAUGGUGGACGAUCAGGUGGAACGGAGGAGUCCUGGUCAUCUGAUGACCUGCUAGGAUCAGCUUACUCAUUGACAUCCAUUAGCUCUGGGAGGGUCAGAAGGAGACGACGGAGACUCCAAACUCAUCAAGCAGGUUCAAGGCGCAAAGAGCAGAAGGCUGCACAUUCCGACUCUCAAUCUGAGCAGGGCAGUGAACAGGAAUUUGUAUCAGUGGCUCAAAAGGCAACAUCCAGUGGUGGAGAACACACAGCACCAGGCGGUCUGGAUGCAAUGAUCGCCGGAGGGGAAUAUGCCGCACCAUCGGCAUUGCCGCGCCCGCAAGCCGCACACCACGGCGAAGAAGAUGGCAUGACAUCUCGCCCUCGAGCUCCCAAGCCCAUGGGGCAAGUUGUCACGGCAACACCUCGUAACGUGAGAGGCAAGCGGCAGGAGGAGGAAGCGGAGGCUGUAGUGACACCGUCUCCAAGUCCCGUGCUAUACGAGCGCACUGAAUCCCCAGGGUCUGAUGAACAAGAGACCGUAGAGCCUGAAUCCAGCAAUGAUGAUGAUGAUGAUGAUGAUGAUGAAGAAGAAGAAGAAAAUGAAGAUGAAGAGGAAGAAGAAGAAGAAGAAGAAGAAGAAGAAGAAGAAGAAGAAGAAGAAGAAGAAGAAGAAGCAACGUAUACUGCCGAGCAAGAAGCUACAGCAUCACCUCAUCGCAGCGGAGCUAGAGCCGCUGGACAGGACGGUGACACGUGGCAGUCCCGUGCGACAGUGCACGUACACUCUGACCUAAGCAGACCCGGCCGGCAGGGUGCAACCUCCGAUAAGAACAUACGAGGUGGACCUGGGCAACGGGCUGCUGGCCUCCCACCAGCCAAGAAAGGUCAAGCUGCAAAGAAAGGACAACGAACUAAACCAGGACGUACGACAGCGCCAAAGGAGCCCGACAAAAAGAGGGACCGAAAAAGAAAUGGGAAAGAAGAAGAGAAGGUGGUUGAGGCAACCUUCAUUAUGGUCUUCCAGGUCACCGUGCAGUAUCCACCUCCUAAAAAAAUAGAGCCCGAGGAUGAAAAGGUCGUCAAGCCUACAAACCAGAAAAAAAGUCGUGGAGCACCUGCUGCUGAGCAUGAGGCCUUGCCCGCCGCUGGUAAGCCCAGGAAGGUGAAGAAGAGGCCUGGCAGCGAGCAUGGCCAGGCGCCCAGCGAUGGCGAACACUACUUCCACUUCAAGUACUCUAUAUUCGGCACGCAGCCGUGCGUGGAGUUCGACAUGACGGUGAUACCCAGCUUCAGAGCGGCCAAGGUCCAUUCGCAGAAGCAGGCGGUCGCGUUGGUCGGAGAAGUGGACGAGAAGGGAAUGCAUUUCCUCUUCAGUAUGACCCACCCAUGGAAAAUCCCCGAGAAGAACCUACCGGACUACUAUCUUAAAAACAUUGAAGUCAACAUGUGGGACUCGGUGGACUACAUUGACCAGCAUGCCUACAAUGACAGGCCCAAGAGGCCAGCCGUGACCGGCAACGAACCUAGACGAGGUCGACCAACUCCUCCACUCCGACCGCCGGAACUUGCUGCAUCUCCGAUGUCAGGACGCCGGUCUAUAAGCUCACUGACAAGCAUUGCAGAAGAAGGUGAUGGUUUGUCAGCUCGCACAACUCCUGCCACAGCAGCAUAUACUCGUCCACUGCCACAGCUUCGUGCACAGAAAGACAAGGACAAGUCGUCAUUGUUUAAUAAACUUGGUACAAGGAAACCACCCGGUCUGUACAUCGGACCAGAAAUGAAAGUAAUCUUCAAGAAGACUGUGGAACCACUCGAUCUGCCUGACCCACAGUGCGUUUUGCAGAUAUCUCCUCACAACCUGUAUGAGUUUGAGGAAACGGCGGUGGUCUAUCCAAUGAGGUACGGUGAUCGCGGUGUUGCCCCCGGUGCUUGCAUACACAACAAGAUUGCCGGCCUGAAGAGUGUGGGUGUGCACAUGGCAUUGAAUAGUGGCACACUACUGACGGACAAGGUGAAGGAUGCUCUCUUGCCGAUGAGGAUCAUCGUCCACCAGGUGAAGUAUCUGCCAAGCACACCGCUCAGCUACCAACGGCUGUCGUCCACGUGCAACGACGUCUGUGUCCACUUUCGAGUGCCCUGCUACAGUCAUCUGCGCACAUCGAAAAUGCCCCACGCCCCGACGAUCAGCUUUGAGUCGGGCAGCAUUGUCAUGCUCCGUUACAUUCCUCUAGAGCUGCUGCACGAGUUUAUGCUGGGCCCGCCGAUGGCGUUUGAGCUGCACGAUCGCGAUCGCAAGGACAGUGUGGUUCGAGCCGGUCAGCAGCACGGCGGUUGGCGAGAAUUUGAUGAUAAGCGUCAUCCGAACCAGCACUUUGUCCCACAGAGCAUGUUGCAGACUUUGAGCUCUUUGUGGGACUGUCGGAAGGGACGACCACCUACGUGGGAUCCGUAUGGCCGUGCAUACGUAGACUUGUCACCGCUUACACGUGGCAGCACGGUGUUGGAGACAGUGGUACCUGUGCAUGCCGGACCGAAGAUCAGCCAGCGGCAACGGGACCUCAACAGACUGAAGACUCUCGUGUGGGGAGAUUGCGAUGAUCCGUCAGAGGCCGGCCACUACGUGGAGCAUGGUACAGUGUUGUCAGUGUCCGUCAGACUAUGCAAGCCUAUCUCAUUUGCAGCUCUAUCAUCAGUAUCGAUACCACGUGGAAUGAUGGCGGCGGCUGAUGAGCCGACUGGUGCGACAGGCGCGGACAAAGAUCAUGCACCCGCUGCUGAUGAUGAUCAACCUGUGCAGAAACCUACACAACAUGGAGAGAUCAUUAAAAGUGACCCUACCAAGUGUCCCUUUUCCAGACUCAUCAUUAUCCGGCGACCACCCAACCAGCUACGCAGGGCAGAACUGCAGCAGUAUGUAGCUGCUUGCAACGGCAAUACCCUGAAGAUUCCCUCUCCGAGCAAGCAAGAAGUUCUCCUCGCUACACUGGCCAUGUACAGAUUGUCAAAGGCACAGCGUGAUGACCCCACACUGGAUCUUCUCACUGGUUAUGAGAUUUAUGAUGAGAGCACCAGUGCGACAGUGGUGGAAGGCCUGACAGUCACCAUACAGAAGUUGUUCAGAAAUCUGGUGAAGCCAGAGAGUAUCAAUGAUAAGACGUACACGCUCCACUGCAACAGUAAUCUGUGUUUCUCGCGACGACUCUACGCAGACUUCUCAUUGCUGUUGGAACGCUUCACCUUGCUUACUGACUUCCAUAGUGUCUCUGCCUGGGAUCGGCCAUACCUGAGUAGUGCACCGCUGGGUGCUGUGGAAUGCAUCGGGCACAUCACUCGUCUGUUUAACACUACUAGUCUGAGCAAAGCCUUCAGGGACGGCGUAUUCAUUUCUGCCCGUCGGCUCAGGGAGAUCAUGCACUUGUACUGCGGAGUACCGGAAUAUCCUCGCACACUGGAUGAGACUAAGCAGAUACUUGCUGAAGAAAAGGAAACGGAGCGACGUGAAGCAAUUGCCCGGGCUGAGUUAGAAGAAGAAAAAAGACGAGAGCUGGCUGCUUUGUAUAAAGACCCUCCUCCUGCACCUGAUCAUGACCGGUGGACGCCCAUUGAUCACCACAACAUUAGCUAUGAUGAGCUAGUGGUCGAGCGGCGCAAGCAACAUGUGCGCAGCUUUGUCAGGAAGAACAUGGAGGCUACCGGGUUGAGGAACAGCUACACGUAUCGCCCAAUCAUCAGGUCAACGGAUUCCUCCGUUCAUGGACAGCACGUGCACACGUACAGCUGCCAGAGGCACAACCGCAAUGCCAGCCGCAAAAUUGCGUUCAGAAAGAGCAAGCGUGAGCGGUAUGCAGGCAACAAAGUCAUUGAUCGUCAAGGCAUGGGGAGUGAGAGUGGCAAAGAGGUGAAGGAAAUGAACGGCCAGCAGAAAAGAAAUGCCACAAGCGAUGAAACGGGAGAUGUCACUUGUAUGGAGAAGAAGGCACGAGCAGUGCAAAGUUUGGACGAUGAAUCCUCUUCGGAUGAAGAGCGCACCGUGCCAUGUUCUGCCGUCUUUCUGACAAAAGACUAUCCGUAUGGAGAGCUGGCGCCUACACUACGGCCUGAGAAGAAACAAAAGUGGCUGACAGGCGGUGGUUUUCAUACGCUGCCAAAGAAAACCCUCAAGGAGAUGCUACGCACGGUGAAGCAGGUGGACCCAUAUCGCACCAAGGAACUAUCAGAGCAAUGGAUUGAACAUAUCCUACACGGAAACAAGUUUGUGCCGCCAGUCCAGAGAGAGGUUUUCUCAUGGAAUAGCCGUGAAAAGGACAUGGAGCGAUAUCGCCAACCACCAACAAACUUCGGAGCUCCCGAACCACCGGCUACAAUUUACCUCGCAGGAGAUACUCUGAGGCAGGAACAGGAUGAAGACGAAGCAUCUCGCUUUGAGAAAUGGCAAUCGGCAGUGCUCCCGUCCCAUGACUUGUCUCGUGGUGGACAAGCGAAAACCCAUCGUGUCGGAAUCCAGUCAGAGUUGCAAACUGGACCUUCCAAUCAAAUUGAUCGUGUGAAAGGACUCCGCAAGGAUGGCGCAAAGAAAGCCAGUCUAAGAUAUUGCACAUCGAGUAUACCCGCUCUCGGGGUUGUGCGUGACCCGUGUGUGGACACACUUGCUAACACUCUGGACAGCUCGCUGUCAGCGCAGACAAUCAGAGCGGAGGAGGCAACCCUGCCAGAGCUCGGCGCCGUGGCAGGAUACAUGCCCGGUCCGGACACCCUGCAUAGUAUCAAGCUGCACGCCAACAGUAUUCCACGGGAUACCCUGUGCCGCGCUCAUGCUCCUCCGCAUAGUUCGUUCAGAACCCACUUGCCGUACCCUGGUCCCCUCAGCAAUGUACCAGUGCCUGAAUGCGUCGCAUCAUCAUCUGCACCACUGCAAGAGGAAGCAGCAGUGGAUAUUUAUCGUUCAACCUGACGUGGCCUGUGCCUGAAUUGCUCUCCCGGAACCGAACAAGUUUAGUCCAGUGUCAGAGUAGAGUGUCGUUUUUUCUUGACCGGAUGUUAUCACAGCUGUACUGACUCCACAUGACCGGUCUGGACUGCACUACAAUGUCAUGAUGAUGCUGUAUAGUGGCUCCUGUUGUUACUAUCCACAUGCCGUGUCAGUGAUAUUUUUGGAUUGUUUCAAGUCAUUCCCUGAUACCCAGUGUUGUUUUCUUCGUACUUGAGUAGGCGGAUUCACAGAACCCUUUUGUUAUUAUGAACUGAUUCAGUCGCUGCUUGAUUUUUGAUUGAAUAAUUUCCAAUGCUCUAUCUUGAGUAGAAGUAUCCAUGUAGAGUUCAAUGAUUCUACACGAUUUGUCAGUUUGGAGAAGUACUUCAAGUUCCGUAUUUUCAACCUAAAGCUGUAAAGCUCUUUGAAA